ACAUAAAAUGUGCUGGGCUGUACGCACUACCUUCUGUUGUGCCUUGCAGUCGGAGGCCGACCAGUUGCCAUACCAGGCGGUGAUGCAACUAGUCAGGAUGCUCUCGAUGGUGCAGCUUUAGAACCUUUUGAGAAUCUGAAGACCCAUGCAAAAUCUUUUUAGUUUCCUGACGGGGAAUAGGCUUUGUUGUGCCCUCUUCACGACUGUCUUGGUGUGUUUGGAUCGUUCUAGUUUGUUGGUGAUGUGGACAGCAAGGAACUUGAAGCUCUCAACCUACCCCACUACAGCCCCGUUGAUGAAAAUGGGGGCGUGCUUGGCCCACUUUUUCCUGUAGUCCACAAUCAUCUCCUUUGUCUUGAUUAUGUUGAGGGAUAGGUUGUUAUCCUGGCACCACACUGCCAGGUCUCUGACCUCCCUACAGACUGUCUCAUCGUUGUCGGUGAGCAGGCCUACCACUGUUGUCGUCGGGAAACUUAAUGAUGGAGUUGGAGUCGUGCUUGGCCAUGCAGUCAUGGGUGAACAUAGAGUAUAGGAGAGGACUGAGCACACACCCCUGAGGGGCCCCAGUGUUGAGGAUCAGCGUGGCAGAUGUGGUGUUACCUACCCUUACCACCUGGGGGUGGCCCGUCAGGAAGGCCAGGAUCCAGUUGCAGAGGGAGGUGUUUAGUCCCAGGGUCCUUAGCUUAUUGAUGAGCUUUGAGAGCACUAUGGUGUUGAAAGCUGAGCGGUAGUCAAUAGCAUUCUCAAUAGCAUGUUCUUUUUUUCCAGGUGGGAAAGGGCAGUGUGGAGUGCAAUAGAGAUCGCAUCAUCUGUGGAUCUGUUGGAGUGGUAUGCAAAUUGGAGUGGGACUAGGGUUUCUGGGAUAAUGGUGUUGAUGUGAGCCAUGACCAGCCUUUCAAAGCACUUCAUGGCUACAGAUGUGAGUGCUACAGGUUGGUAGUCAUUACCUUGGUGUUCUUGGGCACAGGGACUAUGGUGGUCUGCUUGAAACAUGUUGAUAUUACAGACUCAGUCAGGGACAGGUUGAAAAUGUCAGUGAAGACACUUGCCAGUUGGUCAGCGCAUGCUCGGAGUACACGUCUUGGUAAUCCGUCUGGCCCUGCGGCCUUGUGAAUGUUGACCUGUUUAAAGAGCUUGCUUACAUUGGCUACAGAGAGAGUGAUCACACAGUUGUCCAGAACAGCUGGUGCUCUCAUGCAUGCUUAAGUGUUACUUGCCUCGAAGUGCGCAUUGAAGUCAUUUAGCUCGUCUGGUAGGCUCGUGUCACUGGGAAUCUCGUGGCUGUGCUUCCCUUUUGUAGUCUGUAAUAGUUUGCAGGCCCUGCCACAUCCAACAAGAAUCUGAGCCGGUGUAGUAGGAUUCAAUAUUAGUCCUGUAUUGACGCUUUUCCUGUUUGAUGGUUCGUCGGAGGGCAUAGCGGAAUUUAUUAUAAGUCCCGCUCCUUGAAAGUGACAGCUCUACCAUUUCGUUCAGUGCAGAUGUUGCCUGUAAUCCAUGGCUUCUGGUUGGGGUAUGUACUGUGGGGACGACGUCAUCGAUGCACUUAUUGGUGAAGCCAGUGACUGAUGUGGUGUACUCCUCAAUGCAAUCGGAAGAAUCCCAGAACAUAUUCCAGUCCUGUAGCUUAGCAUCUGCGUCAUCUGACCACUUCCAUAUUGAGCAAGUCACUUCUUGCUUCAGUUUUUUCUUUUAACGUGGGACUUUUACUCGGGGACUCCCCCCAUAAACUUCAAAAGUGUUUCCCCUCAAAUGGUAUCAAGAAUAUGCAUAUUCUUGCUUCAGGUCCUGAGCUACAGGCAGUUAGAUUUGGGUAUGUCAUUUUAGGUGAAAAUUGAAAAAAGAGUCUGAUCCUUUAGAGGUUUUAAGCAGGAAUUAGGAGGAAAGAGUUAUGGUCCGAUUUGCCAAAUGGAGGGUGAGGGAGAGCUUUGUGCAUGUCUCUGUGUUUGGAGUAAAGGUGGUCUAGAGUUUUUUUUGACUCUGGUUGUACAUGUAACAUGCUGGUAGAAAUGAGGUAAAACUGAUUUAAGUUUCCCUGCAUUAAAGUCCCUGGCUACUAGGAGCGCCGCCUCUGGAUCAGCAUUUUCUUGUUUGCUUAUGGCCUUAUACAGCUGGUUGAGUGCGGUCUUUGUGCCAGCAUCGGUUUGUGGUGGAAAAUAGACGGCUAUUAGUGAUGUGAUUUGAUUUUAAGGUUUAACAAAAUGUUUACAAAAAACUGACCCAUUUUAAGGUCAACCCUGUAAUGUGAACUGAUCACUCAUUUUAAUAUGGUGAAAUUAUUAAUUUGUAAAUAUUAUUUUCAAAAUUAACGUUGGAACAACAAUCACAUUGUAAAUGCAGGUAAGCUGGUUCUACUCUUUCUGGCAAACUUCUGGUGUUUUGUGGUAGAAAACUAAGCUUGCAUUUAAUUGCCCCUCCAUCUUGCACACAAUAAGCUUCCAUUUCUCCUCUCACACUGGGAUUUUUGGAUGAAUUAAGAUGAAAUCGUCAACCAUUUUACUUUAUUUGGCACUUAAUACAGGCAUUUUUUAUUUAAUCUUUUGAGAUGGGAAAAUGUGUUGUUUAUUAAGUUGAACAUUGCUCUAUAUAACCGAAUGUUAAAUUAUGUUAAAUAAACUUACAUUACCGAAAUGGGGCUGAUUUCGUGGAACGACCCAGUGACCUUUGACGUGAUCAAUAUGUUUAAUAUGGGGGAUACGUCAGGUGCUACAUCAGGCUAUAUGUUGUAGUAACCUCUUAUGAUCAAGGCUAUGAAUUUUCCAUGCUUACUAUAAAAUCGCUACACCCUUUUACAUUUUCCUGUCUAUGCAUGUGUUGCUGAUGAGGCUGGUUUAUGCCAUUUGCCCUCAGCCAGUCGUUAGUUACAAUAGGCAACAUGUAGUAAGCCUCUUGUGACCUAUUUUUGCAAGAACACUAACAAUGUAAUAACCAUUUAUUGGAAGCAGGCCUCAAAUUUAUCCUCAAUUUAUGUGUUGCUGAAGCUGGUUAGUAAGGAUGUGAGCAUUUUGGGUGAUCUUAAUGGUUCGCCUGGGCAAGGUGUGUGCUAUCCUGCUCCAGGGUUGAGCUCACUGACUGCUUCCUCAAAUCUGCAAAAUAAACAUACCGGCUCUAUUUCAUUAACAGAACGAGACUCGGAAGCUAGCGAACAUCCGUAUUCUCUCUCUUGCUGUGAGCUAGCUAGCGGAAGAGUCCGUCUCAUCCGUAUAAAAACAACGUCAAUUCUUAAACACGUUGCCGCCACACAGAUUUUGUCGACAUUCAGAAAGGAAGCAUAUUUGAUCCGUCAUCUAGCGGGAAGGAAGCGGGGUUGAGUGGAGACUAAAAUGGAAAAGCACUCGGUUGGAGGAGGAGAUAGCCCUGCGUUGCCGGGAGUACCGAAUCGAAACAACCAGCCACGAACGCUGGCCAACUCUGGAUCGACACAGGCUAGCGUGGAGUCAUUGGACAGUCCUACAGGUUCUCAUGUGGAGUGGUGUAAGCAGCUGAUAGCAGCCACCAUCUCCAGCCAGAUAUCAUCCAUAACCCCAGACACUGCAUCCAGAGACUUCAAGGUUGGGAGAAGGACAGAUCUCCCAAGGGUGUCCAAGAGGCCUGUUCUCAGGGCUCUCAGAGACGGAACCAAGCAGGUCCAGAUGGACGAGGUUCCACUGGUUCCGGGAGAGACCAUCAAGGCUGUGGCCAAGGAUGUGAUGUACAUCUGUCCCUUCACUGGCUUGGUGACAGGAACCCUCACCAGCACCGACUAUAAACUAUACUUUAUCAGCCUGGAGAGGGAUACUCCCUUCAUCCUGGAUGUGAACCUGGGAGCGAUCAGUCGUCUCGAGACCAUCAGUGUCCAGAGUCAUGGAGAGAACACACAGGGCAUGGAGAUAGUCUGUAAGGACAUGCGUAGUCCCCGGUUUGCCUAUAAGAAGGAGGACGCCAGCCAACCAGAGAUAGUGGAGGUUCUAACAAAACACACCUUCCCCCUAUCAAAUGGCCUGCCCUUGUUUGCCUUCCUGUAUAAGGAGAAGUUUCUUGUGGACGGAUGGAAGGUGUACGAUCCCAUAUCUGAGUACAAGAGACAGGGUCUUCCCAACGAGAGUUGGGCCAUUAGUAAGAUGAACAGUAGUUAUGAGGUGUGUGACACCUACCCUGCCCUGCUGGUCAUCCCCACCAGCAUCAAGGACGACGACCUCAAACGAGUUGUGGCCUUCAGGGCCAGGCACCGCAUACCGGUAUUGUCAUGGAUCCACCCGGAGAGCCAGGCCACUAUAGUCCGUAGCAGUCAGCCUUUAGUGGGACCCUCUGACCGGCGCUGUAAGGAGGACGAAAGAUACCUCCAGACCAUCAUGGAUGCUAACGCACAGUCUCACAAACUCACCAUAUUUGAUGCCCGACAGAGCAGCGUGGCAGACAACAACAAGGCUAAGGAUGGUGGUUAUGAGAGUGAGAGUUUCUAUCCCAACGUGGAACUCAACUUCCUGGAGAUCCCCAACAUCCACGUGAUGAGGGAGUCACUGAGGAAACUGAAAGAAGUGGUCUACCCUAGUACAGACGAGGCCCACUGGCACUCUGCAGUCGACCAGACACACUGGCUAGAGUACAUGCGGGUUCUCCUUGCGGGUGCAGUGCGUAUAGCUGACAAGCUGGAGUCUGGUAAAACCUCUGUGGUGGUCCACUGUAGUGAUGGGUGGGACCGGACAGCCCAGCUCACCUCUCUGGCCAUGCUGAUGCUGGACAGCCACUACCGCACCCUCAGGGGCUUCCAGGUACUGCUGGAGAAGGAGUGGAUCAGCUUCGGACACAAGUUCGCCGCGCGUGUGGGCCAUGGGGAUGAGAACCAUGCGAACUCGGAGAGAUCACCUCUCUUCAUCCAAUUUAUAGACUGUGUCUGGCAGAUGACCCGACAGUUCCCUGCAGCAUUUGAGUUCAAUGAGUUGUUCCUAAUCACCAUUCUGGACCACCUCUACAGCUGUCUCUUUGGUACGUUCCUCUACAACAGCGAACAGGAGAGAGUCGUCAAUGAAGUCCAGGCCAAGACAGUCUCUUUAUGGUCCUACAUCAACAGUCAACCAGAGGACUUCACCAACCCGUUCUACGUGGACUAUAAGCACCACGUCCUGUACCCUCUGGCUAGUGUCCGACACCUGGAGCUGUGGACCGGGUAUUACGUGCGAUGGAACCCUCGUAUGAGGCCGCAGAUGCCAGUGCACCAGAACCUGAAGGAGUUGAUGUUCCUGAAGGCUGAGUUACAGAGGAAGGUUGAAGAGUUACAGCGAGAAGCAUCUUCAUCACACGGCUCUCUUUCCUCUUCAUCAGAACACACAUCAUCACCCUCACACAGCGGGGGCACGCCCCUACACACCACCGUCUGAAUACGCACACAUACCCCUACCAGCACGUUUGUCUUUGUAUUCCCCUAGUUUUUCCACAGGUGUUUUUAUCAUAGAGAAAAUAAGUACACACUUGUAACAAAGUUUCGUUCUUGGUUGUAUUCAAAUAAGAGAAAAGAUAUAGGGUAAUGUAAUUGUUGAAAGAAAUAUUACAGUAUUGAGAGAAAUGCACCAUAAUAUUUUGUCAAACGUUGAAAGUGUAAAUAUAAAUAGAUGUAACUAAUAUAUUUAUACCUACCAAAAGUAUACUCUUUACAAAUGACAACAAUUUCUAAUUGAGUUGAAUUCAUAUUUCUAAACUAUCAACAGCACUUCUUAACAGCCACAUUCCAGUAAGCAUGUAUUAUCAACUCAAUGGCAGCCUAUUCCCUAUAGUGCACUACUUUUGACCGGGACCUAUGUCGGGAAUAGGGUGCCAUUUGGAGUGUAGACUGAAAAAGAUCUCUAUCUCUCUGUACUAACUUAACCUGAUCCAGCUGUGCCAUAACAAUUCCUCUAAUAUAAUGUCCCCCCCCCUUCCUGUCCGUCCGUUUAAUGUGCGCUGACUGGAGGUUUACCUUUUUGUGUAUGUUGUGUUCCUAUCAACACGUUCCAUUGAAAGUCUCUGUGCACGUGUUUUUUUUUUUACGUAAUUUUUUUCCUAUUCAAUGUGUGUUUCAUUUCUAUGCAAUGGUGAUAUCCAUAUGAUCUGUAUUAUAUAUUGUAUUCUUGUUAUCUUUGGUAUUCCUUUGUGACUUUUCUUUCAUUGUGGUAACGCCAAAUCCUUAUUUUAGGUUACCAUUUGCACAAAGAUGCUCUCCUUGCCCUCUGCCGACGUUAAUCAAUGGUAAUGUGGUCUGAGCUCACAUCCCCUUUGUGUCUUUGAAGACACACUGCAGCAAUACUGCCAUCCUGUGAUACCCAUAUCCUUUUCCUUGAGGAUUAGAUCAAUAUCAUUUACGUCUAACUAAUCUUAAUGUCUUCGAUAUUGUGUAUGGUUCCUACUGUAUUAUGGUGGUUGUAACUUUUUCCUGUGUCAUGUGAUGGUUAUAACCACUGUUUCCUGUGUCAAGCUUAUGUUCUCAUUUACUGUGCUGCAACUUCAUUGAACUUUUCUGUGGUAAAUGUGAUUAUUUUCCAAUUAUUGUAA